AUGGAGUCUUCAUAUACGUUACCGCAAGGAAGAAGCACGAAACUGAAGACGUUAAGUGAAAAGAAAACAAGGAAAACAGAUGAUGUAUCCAUGUUCGCUUUCUUCGUUAUGUCUUCGAUAUGGGUUUACGCUCAUUUUAAGACGAACUUUAUGGCCAUUCUCAGACGCCGUCGUAAAGCCCUUUAUGAAAUAGCGAAUUCGUUGAUCACGUCACCCGAUACGUCUUUUGUGGAUCCCUAUCAUCGGUACAUCGCCCUCAGCCCUUCCGAGCGACAUAAUUACGGUUUAAGGAGAUAUUGGAUGAGUUUAUACAAUUUCAGGGAAUCCCUCAAGGAUGACGGCGCAGGAUGA